GAUCUGACAAGACGCCUUCAUUUGCGAAGCCUUUCAGCAAGCUGUGCUUCAGACAUGGAUGUGGUUAUAAGAGACGACCUCUGUGAGAAGGAGAAAAACUACAUUCAGAAGAGGCUUCAAACUGUGAAACACUGGGCGAGCGAUCAUGGCAUUCCCUGCAAAGAUAAUGAGCUGCCGCAUGUGGCACUGCUGGGCUCUGGUGGGGGUCAGAGGGCCCAGAUUGCCUUUCUGGGGGUCCUACGGCAGCUGGCAGAGGACAAUCUUCUGGGCGGCAUCCUGUACCUGGCUGGGGUGUCUGGAUCCACAUGGACCAUGGCCUCAUUGUAUGAUGAGGUUGACUGGUCAGGAAACGUUGUUGACGAGCUGGUUAAGAAGGCUUUCACGAACAUGUCUGAGAAUCAGAGCAGUUCAUUUCAUGACUGUCUACAGUGGCUGAAAAAUAGAGACCAUGAAGGAAACCUGUCCCUCACCGAUUACUGGGGUGUGGUCACGUGCUUCAUCAAAGGUGUAAAGCUGGAGACGAGGACCCUUGCUGAUGAGGGCCAAAGAGACAAAGGUGGUGCCACUCCGUAUCCACUCUACAGUGCUGUGGACAAGAACUUACUACACGAGAAAGAAAAAAAAGAGCUGUGGUUUGAGAUGAGUCCUUAUGAGUCAGGAUUCACAGAGCCUGGAGCUUUUGUCGAGACCUCCCUGCUGAAGCAGCCGUUCAAGGGAGGGAAGGUGCAAAUGGAUUCACGCAGGAAGCCAAUGGAUAUGGUUCAGCUACAAGGUAUUUGUGGAAGUGCUUUUGGAGAUGGCAAAACGAACAUAAAAUUCAUCAUAGAUGUAAUCAAGGACUGGUUUCAGCAGUUUCUUCCCGGCCAUGGUGUCUACAACGACAUUGUGGAGGCAGCUUUGCAGUUGUUUGAACACUAUGAUGACAUGGAGCUAAGCUACGAUACAUUGGCUCGGCUAAGCUUGACACUUUGUGCUAAAGUAGAUUGCUUCGAUGUACAAAGCGAUACAUUGAAGACAUUGGAUCGUGAAGGCUGGAAAGCAAUGACAGAUGAGCAAAAACAGCAACAUAUUCAGAGGAUCUUGGAAGAACUCGAUCAAUCUCUACCUGAGAAUCCCCCAGAGAGACUAAAAUUGAUGUCCUGGAAUGAUUUUAAAGAUGCGACCAUGAUGUUGGAGAGUAUGUUCGCCUGCAAGCAUAGGGACAUCCCCAAGUAUAUCAUGAAAAGGGAAUAA